GCGGUGGGGCUGUUGGUCAGACGGCCGCUCGAGCGGGAGGCUGGCGGGCGUGAGGUGUCUUAGGGGGCUGUAGCGAUUUCCUCCCCGGUAGCUGGAGCGGCGGCGCUGUCACUCGCCAUCAUGUCUCGGGGCUCGAUUGAGAUCCCCCUCCGGGAUACCGACGAGGUCAUUGAGCUUGACUUCGAUCAGUUACCGGAGGGGGAUGAAGUUAUAAGUAUUUUGAAACAGGAACAUACUCAGCUGCACAUAUGGAUUGCCCUAGCGCUGGAAUAUUACAAACAAGGCAAAACGGAAGACUUUGUGAAACUAUUAGAGGCUGCUCGCAUAGAUGGAAACCUGGAUUAUAGAGACCAUGAAAAAGAUCAGAUGACUUGCUUAGAUACCUUAGCAGCCUACUAUGUACAGCAGGCUCGGAAAGAAAAGAACAAAGAUAACAAGAAAGAGCUUAUUACGCAAGCUACACUGUUGUACACUAUGGCUGAUAAAAUUAUCAUGUAUGAUCAGAAUCACUUAUUGGGAAGAGCCUGUUUCUGCCUUCUGGAGGGGGAUAAGAUGGAUCAAGCAGAUGCACAAUUUCAUUUUGUACUCAAUCAGUCUCCCAAUAAUAUUCCAGCCCUUCUUGGCAAAGCGUGCAUUUCGUUCAACAAGAAAGAUUACCGAGGUGCCCUUGCCUAUUAUAAAAAGGCCCUGCGAACUAAUCCUGGUUGCCCAGCUGAGGUUCGGCUGGGCAUGGGCCAUUGCUUUGUAAAGCUCAACAAGUUAGAAAAAGCUCGCCUGGCAUUCAGCAGGGCACUGGAACUCAAUUCUAAAUGUGUGGGGGCUUUAGUUGGAUUGGCUGUUCUGGAACUAAAUAACAAAGAGGCGGAUUCCAUCAAAAAUGGUGUCCAGUUACUUUCUAGAGCUUACACAAUUGAUCCUAGUAACCCUAUGGUAUUAAAUCACUUGGCAAACCACUUCUUCUUUAAAAAGGAUUAUGGUAAGGUCCAACACUUGGCACUUCAUGCUUUUCACAAUACAGAAGUAGAAGCAAUGCAGGCAGAGAGUUGCUACCAGCUGGCCAGGUCUUUUCACGUUCAGGAAGAUUAUGAUCAAGCUUUCCAGUAUUAUUACCAAGCCACACAAUUUGCCUCUUCAUCUUUUGUACUGCCAUUUUUUGGACUGGGUCAAAUGUACAUUUACCGAGGAGACAAAGAAAAUGCAUCACAAUGCUUUGAAAAAGUUUUGAAAGCCUACCCUAACAAUUAUGAGACCAUGAAAAUUCUUGGAUCUCUCUACGCUGCUUCAGAAGAUCAAGACAAACGAGAUAUUGCAAAGGGUCAUUUAAAGAAGGUGACAGAACAGUAUCCAGAUGAUGUGGAAGCUUGGAUUGAGCUAGCACAAAUUCUUGAGCAGACAGAUAUACAGGGUGCUCUUUCAGCCUAUGGCACAGCAACACGAAUACUUCAGGAAAAAGUACAAGCUGAUGUUCCCCCAGAAAUUUUAAAUAAUGUGGGUGCUCUCCACUUCAGACUUGGAAACUUAGGAGAAGCAAAGAAAUAUUUUUUGGCAUCCCUGGAUAGAGCUAAAGCAGAAGCGGAGCAUGAUGAACAUUACUACAAUGCAAUUUCCGUGACAACAUCAUACAACUUAGCCAGAUUAUAUGAAGCAAUGUGUGAAUUUCACGAAGCAGAGAAACUGUACAAAAACAUCCUAAGGGAACAUCCAAAUUAUGUUGAUUGCUACCUGCGUUUAGGAGCUAUGGCUAGAGAUAAAGGAAACUUUUAUGAAGCUUCUGACUGGUUUAAAGAAGCACUUCAAAUCAAUCAGGACCAUCCUGAUGCUUGGUCCCUGAUUGGCAAUCUUCACCUGGCCAAGCAAGAAUGGGGUCCAGGACAGAAGAAAUUUGAGAGAAUAUUGAAACAGCCAUCAACACAGAAUGACACUUACUCUAUGUUGGCUUUGGGCAAUGUGUGGUUGCAGACUCUGCACCAACCCACCAGAGACAGAGAGAAGGAAAAACGUCAUCAAGAUCGUGCCCUAGCCAUCUACAAACAGGUCCUCCGGAAUGACCCCAAGAAUUUGUAUGCUGCUAAUGGCAUAGGAGCCGUGCUGGCACACAAAGGAUAUUUCCGUGAGGCUCGUGAUGUUUUUGCCCAAGUGAGAGAGGCAACUGCAGAUAUCAGUGACGUGUGGCUUAAUCUUGCACACAUUUAUGUGGAGCAGAAGCAGUACAUCAGUGCUGUGCAGAUGUAUGAGAACUGUCUCAGAAAAUUCUAUAAACAUCAGAACACAGAAGUAUUGCUGUAUUUGGCCCGAGCUCUCUUCAAAUGUGGUAAAUUACAAGAAUGCAAACAAACAUUGCUAAAGGCAAGACAUGUAGCACCCAGCGAUACAGUCCUUAUGUUCAACGUGGCUCUUGUGCUGCAAAGGCUAGCUACCUCUGUCCUGAAAGAUGAAAAAAGUAACCUGAAGGAAGUAUUAAAUGCUGUGAAAGAACUGGAGCUAGCACACAGAUACUUCAGUUACUUGAGUAAAGUGGGAGAUAAAAUGAGAUUUGAUUUGGCACUUGCUGCAACCGAAGCCAGGCAGUGUUCGGAUCUGCUGAGCCAAGCUCAGUAUCACGUAGCUCGGGCUCGCAAGCAGGAUGAAGAAGAGCGGGAGCUGCGAGCAAAACAAGAGCAAGAAAAAGAACUGCUGCGUCAGAAGUUACUCAAAGAACAGGAAGAAAAACGUCUCAGGGAAAUAGAAGAACAGAAGAAACUUUUGGAACAGAGAGCACAAUAUGUGGAGAAGACCAAGAAUAUUCUCAUGUUCACAGGAGAAGUUGAAGGCUCAAAAGAGAAAAAGCGUGGUAGUGGAGCUGGCCGGCGUUCCAGAAAAACUGGAGAAUUUGAUGAGUUUGUCAAUGAUGACAGUGAUGAAGACCUUCCCGUAUCCAGAAAGAAAAAGAGGAGGAAGGGCAGUGGCAGUGAACAAGAUGGCGAAGAAGAGGACGGAGAGAAGAAAAAGAAGAAGCGACGAAGACCUCAAAAAGGAGAUGGUGAUACUGAUGACGAUGAAAACGAGACAGGACCAAGACAGAAGAAGCGACGCCCAGCCAAAACUGAGAAGAGAAGAAUGUCCAAGCCAGAACGCUUGCCUCUUUCAAUGAAGGGAAAAAUCAAAUCUAAAGCCAUCAUUUCAUCAAGCGAUGACUCAUCUGAUGAAGAUAAACUCAAAAUCGCUGAUGAUGGCAAUGCCAGGAACAGCAACAGUGACUCAGAUGAUGCCGAGCAGCAGCGUAACAAAAAUGUUGUGUCUGACAGUGAUUUGGACAACAGUAACAAAUCUGGCAGCGAGGGAGGCAGUCCCAGACGAUCCAGUGCCCGCCCUUCGGAUGAAGACUCAGACAGUGAUGGUUCAGUGAGAAAGAGAAGACACUCAGACAGUGAUGGUUCAGUGACAAAGAGAAGACACUCAGACAGUGAUGGUUCAGUGACAAAGAGAAGACACUCAGACAGUGAUGGUUCAGUGAGAAAGAGAAGACAGUCUGAUUCGGAGCAGUCGGAUAAUGAGUCUGUGCAGUCAGGAAGAAGUCGGUCUGGUGGUUCUGAGAACGAAUCUCGCCCAGCUUCCCGCAGUGCUGAUUCUGACAGAGAUUCAGAGAGAGUCUCUGACAAUGAGGGUUCAGUUAAUGAGUCUGAGCCAGAGGCUUCCAACAACGAGGCUUCCGAACGAGGCUCAUAUCGUGGAUCUGAUGAUAGUGAUUAAAUAUCAGCUGCAGCCCGGUUCUUAUAAACUCCUUUGUAAAUACAUAUCCCUCUGAGCCUAAUGAGAAGGAUAGACAACCAUCAUUUAUAUCUCAAAAUUGAUUUUAAAACAUGCAUAGCUAUGCUUUAGGAACAAAGUCUUGAAAUUUUUCCUACAACGUUUUUCUACUGAACUACCCAUUCACUAGAGCCUAGUGUUCCUUUAGUGUAUGUGAGCUACUCAAGUACCACAUUUGGCAAUAAGUAAGCUGCAUACUUACGUUCUGUAGGCCGCCUAGAGUCGCCCUAUCAGGAAGAUGGGCAGCAUAUAAAUUUAAUAAAUAAAAUAGGGCGUUUAAAAGUUUAUUUUGUUGAAAUGUACAUAUAAUGUGAAGAUGAACCAAAUGGUCAAAAUGGUAACGUUGCAUCCAGUUAUGCUCGCUUGAACCACCUGAGAUAAAUGCCUUGAAGCCCUCUGAUUUGGGCGGAAAACUGGAGCUCGUCCUUCCUUACCUGGUCUUGCUAGAUGUUCUGGUACUUUAUGAGGUGGUGUAAAGAAUGGGUCUACAACCUGUCACUCUGGCUAGCAAGCUCUUUUUGUUAUGUACAUACCUCUUGUAGUAAAAUUCUAAAUUUUAAAAGUUUUUUUUUUAAUUUGAAAAUUGCUACAGGUACAUAAAUAAAUUAUAGCUUUGUAAUGUGGCCAAAUUGCAAUAUUGUACAAGAGCCCUCCUGGAAUAAAAUGAUCUGUUUGUGGCA